UUUGAAUGGAUCAUUCUUUGCUUAAUGGAUGGAAGAUUCCUGAGAUGUGGAUAUGCUAUGAAACCAUGCGACCCGAAUCAUCAGCAUAGCAAAGAAGUGAGAUCCAAAUCUCAAAUGAUUGGAUGGCUCUUAAUAUUAUCACUUGCCCUUUUCUUCAUUCUUGCAAAAUUGUUAAAAUCGAUAUGCAGUAGAAGGAACUACUUCGAGGAGCGCUUUGCUAAUAUCUAUAAGAACAAAGAAGCAAAUGAGAUAGAGAGAAUAUCCCGAAAAAAUGCUAACCACAUGGCAGUCAAGAAUGUGAACAAGUACUAUGAAAAUCAAGAAAAAUCACCCAGAUGGUGGGAAAAAUUGGGCCCAUCCCCUCACCUUGAGGAGCAUUACGGAGGAACACCUUACGUUGUAACGAAUGACAACGUUAACCUGGAUAAGACUUACAAAAUCAAAGGUAAUAAAAACCCUAUUGUUGGUGAUAUAAAGGAUGAAGAGAAAAGAUUCCUCACUCAUUCACCCCCUUCGACCCCUGUUACCUUACCUGCUGAAAAUAUCACUUAUAAUGUAAACAGACCCGCUGAUGAUUAUUAUAAACAAUAAUUAACUAUAUUAUUUUAUUAAGACACACAUCCAUUUCUUUAUAUAUUUUAGUUUUCAACUACCUCUACAUCUGGAUAAAUUUUUAUUUAAAAUUGAUUGUAUCUAGAAGUGACAAUUUCUUAUUUAUUAUUAUAA